CUUGAACACAAACUUGCUUGCUAAUAUGGUGCCUACUGUGGGAGCAUUUAUUCUUGUUUUUCUUUCCUUUUUGAUCCUUUCGACUCUAGUUAACUUUUUCCACAAAAUGUGGUGGGUUCCAACUCGUAUCAAACGCAUAAUGACUCAUCAAGGUAUAAAAGGACCUCCUUAUCAUUUCAUUCAUGGCAACACAAAGGAAAUUGCAGCCAUGAAAGACCAAGCAAACACUACUCCCUUCACUGAAAUAUCGCAUGAUAUAUAUCCAAGAAUACAACCUCACUUCUUUACUUGGUUCCAGUUAUACGGAAAAAACUUUCUGAAUUGGUAUGGUCCACAAGCCGAAUUAGUUAUCACAGAUACGGAGAUUAUCAGAGAAAUUGCAAGCAAUCGAAGUGUCGCGUUCGCAAGACCUGACCUUGGAUCAUUUCAUAAAAAAAUGCUCGGUAAUGGCCUUGUUACAUCCAGUGGCAAAAAAUGGGCAAGCCAACGAAAAGUGGCUAACCGUGCUUUCAAUGGUGAGAGUUUAAAGAACAUGAUCCCGAUGAUGGUUGCAAGUGUCGAAUUGAUGUUAGAUAGGUGGAAAAAGAUGGCCGAGAGUGAGGUUGAAAUGUAUGCAGAGUUCAGGAUGUUGACAGCCGAUGUGAUUUCAAGAACAGCGUUCGGAAGCAGCUACUUACAGGGAAAGGAAGUUUUCGAAAUGCUCAAUGAGAUAGGCAAAAUGGCAGGCAAAAAUUACUGUGAUCCUCACGGUCUCAGCCUCCUUCGCAAAAUAGUAAAAAGCAGCGAUGAUCACAAGUCUGAUGAGCUCGAGAAGAGAAUUCAUGAUAUAAUUAUGGAGACUAUAAACAAACGGGAGAAGAUAAUGAGUCAUGAAGAUGCAAACACUGAUUUCCUUGGACAACUUCUGAUGUCCAAGAACAACAUUAUUAAUUGUCAAGGUUACCAACUUUCGACACAAGACAUCAUAGACGAAUGUAAAACAUUUUAUGCCGCUGGGGAUGGAACAACAUCUCUUCUGCUCUCAUGGGUUGUUCUCCUUUUGUCCAUCCACACAGAAUGGCAAGAAAGAGCACGAGACGAGGUGUUCCAGAUAUUUGGCAAAGAAUCCCAACCGCGCUUUGAAGGCUUAGCAAAACUUAAAAUGGUUAGCAUGAUCAUCAACGAGACACUUCGACUGUAUCCACCUGGAAUCGCGAUAAUAAGGAAGAACAAACAAGAAGUUACACUUGGGAAUCUUACCGUUCCUGGCAACACAAUUCUACAUGUUCCAGUUUUAGCGCUUCAUUAUGAUCGUGAUAUUUGGGGAGAAGACGCACAUCUUUUUAAGCCAGAAAGAUUUUCGCAAGGGAUUAGUAACGCUAUGAAGAACAACCCAUUAGCAUACAUGCCUUUUGGCUUUGGGCCCCGGAAUUGUGUAGGUUCAAACUUUGCAAUGAAUACAACCAAGGUUACACUUGCCAUGAUCUUGCAACAUUAUCGCUUUACUUCUUCUCCGAAUUACGUGCACUCGCCUGUUCAUAUUACGAAACUUGUCCCAAAGAAUGGUGUUCAAGUGAUGCUUCUUGCUCUUAAAUGAAGAUUUGUGUUGUGUUCAUCACAUGGCUUUAUAUGUAUGUAUACCAAUUGGCGUUACAAACGUAUGUUAAUGCUCUUUACCUGGAUAUGAUUUAUUGUUGUGUGCUUGUUUCAAUUGUGUAAUGGACUCGACAUUGUCGAUGUGUAUAUGAUA